AAGCGUGUGUUUGGGGCGGCGUUGGGGGAGGCGGUGAAGAUCCCGUGCUCUGUGACGGCCGAACCGCCGGACGUGGCCUUCCAGUGGACGGUCAACAACGCGGAACUGUUGGCCAGUUUCGCGUCGUUCGGUCUCGAGUCCACUCUGACGUUCACACCGAAGACCAAACGCGACUUUGGUGUCAUCGCCUGUCGGGCGAAGAACUCGGUGGGCGUACAGCGCGACCCCUGCGUGUUCUCCAUCAUCUCCGCGGGUCUGCCCUCACCGGUCACCGGGUGUUUGGUCGUCAACCAGACCUCCACCUCAAUACUCAUCGACUGCAUUAGCGGCGAUGACGGCGGUCUGGAACAGGAGUUCCAUCUGGAACUGUACGAGUCGGCCGAUCACCGGCUUGUGGCCAAUCGGUCGGUCAAACAUAGGGCAGAGUUUCGACUCCAGGACCUGAGCUCCGGCACACAGUAUUUGGCGCUCGUAUACGCGUCCAAUGGUAAGGGCCGGAGCGCACCCAUUGAGCUGACCGUGCCUACGCUUGCCUUGCUCAAUCGCAAAUUUGUGGCGGACAGCCCGCACACGGAGGAUAUCUCGCUAGUGUUGGCCGUUGUAUUAGGGCUGGGAUUAGUGGCAAUACUGGUGCUCAUGAUAUCUGUCAUAAUAUGCAGAAUAAGGACAAAGAAUCGCCGGAAAGAGGCGGCGGAGGACCGCCAGCGACGAGACAAUGCCGCCGAUGGACGCAGAUUAAACAUUAAUGGUGACAUAUUUGCUGACCACUCAUCCAAAGAGGAUUUGGCAGAAAUGCUGGACACCGGCGGCGAUCGUAAGAAUCCGGAUGUAAUUCCGCCGAUCGAUGGCUACUCUGUGAACCUUAUGCCCGAUAAAGAGGGGUCGGGAGGCGGCGGCGGAGGGGGUGUUGUCACUCACGACGACAAUGGGCUGGCAUUUCACCAACAAAUACAAGCCAUUAAUAGCAUUAGCAGUAAUCAUAGGCUUUCAAUGAACACCCAAUCGAUCGGCAAUUAUUCGACACAAACACAGACACCGCCGCCGAGUAGUGACGACACCUCAAAGACAUUGCACCGGCAGAGAGUGUUCCCACUGUCGACACCCGUUUGAUACCAAUAUACAACCCCAACCAUAUUUAAUACCUGUAUUUUGUGAUAUAAUAUACAAAUAUAGCCGCAAACUAAGCGCCAAAUAUUUACAUAAUAUUUAAUAAUUAUUGCAUUAAUUCAUAUAAUAAUAAUAACUCAAGAAUUGAUGAGUGCCUUAAGGUAUCGCUGAAGACGUUUGGAUAAGUCUACGCGAAAUGCAAUCAAAAUUAUUAUUGCAAACCAUAUGUAAUCGCAAUGAGAAGUACCGGUAUAUGACUGGAUGUGCGACCCGUACGACAUGUUUGGCCACAUCUAUAUUAUAUUGAUUGUGAAAUAAGAGUCUUAUGUAUAGAGAAAAUCAUUUUUGAGGGUUAUUUUAGAGCACAACACAUGUAUAUUAUGUAAUAAUAAUUAUGAUUAUUAUAUUGUAUUUAAAGAGAGUU